AUGAGCCAAGAUCGUACUCUCCUAGUACCAUACUCACCGGUCAACGGUAUGAUAUCAUAUGAACGGCACCCUUUGUACUUUGGUGAAGAUCCCAAGUUUGCAGGAGCACCAGAAGAUGUUGAUGAGGCAUGGGACUACCUGCUAGAACCCCAUUGUGUCGAUACUAUCCGCCGUAGCCUGAUGUGUAAAGCAGAUGUCGGCCUAUAUACGGCAUAUUGGAUCGGAGACCAUAAUGCUUUCCCCAACAAAGAGCUCCGGUCAGAAUCAGAGACGAUUGAGAGAAUGUUGGAAAGAUCUCGCGAGUAUCGAAAGAAUGGUAACCAAUAG